GCAAGGCGGCUAUGGCGGCUCGCAGCUUCAUUCCGGACUUCCAGUGGACUACAAACUGAUUUUAAGCCCAGCGGCUGGACUUCGGAGGAACUUUUACUUAAGCGACUCUCUUCGGAUGCCGAACAGAGUGAAGCCGCGUCCCACCGGUGCAUGUCAGCAAGCGGAUUCUCGGCUUUUUGGGGCUAUUUUUGUCCUCGGUUUCAAGGUGGUCACCCCGUCGAGCUAGCGGUAGCUUCUCGGCUAUCAGCUAACGGUGGUUUGCGCUGUGGUUCAUACAGAAGCAAGCGACGUGAGGCGGCUUUUUUUACCCUCUUCCUUCCCAACAACGGCUGUCUGUCUCUGCCAUAAUGUUCUGCAUUUAAAACUAACAGAAAGCCACAAGUUUGAAGAAGAGUUCGGCCUCUUGUUAGUUGGAGCUGAGAGUUUAGACGUUUUUUCUAUAGCAGCACGUUAAAAGUCGCGUGUUAUUUAGCAGAUCAACGUCGCCAAACCGCGGCGUUCUCUAACAUCGCUUUGAGACUUGAAGCAGACCUGCUGUUUGGGGGUCUUUGGGUGCCCAUCAACAUGCUGAAGACCCGGCAGUGUCUACUCGGUAUCCGCACUUUCCUCAGUGUCACGUCAAGAAUAUGGGGCUUCAUCAUGUACAUCCUCAGGAAGCACCUCAGAACGAUAAUCCAGUAUCAGACGGUGCGAUAUGACAUUUUGCCCCUGUCACCUAUAUCCAGAAACAGACUCAAUGCAGUAAAGAGGAAGAUUCUGGUUCUGGAUCUGGAUGAGACGCUGAUCCAUUCUCACCACGACGGGGUCCUGAGGCCCACAGUUAGACCGGGCACGCCGCCAGACUUUAUCCUCAAAGUCGUCAUAGACAAGCAUCCGGUCAGAUUCUUUGUACAUAAAAGGCCGCACGUCGACUUCUUUUUAGAAGUGGUGAGCCAGUGGUAUGAGCUGGUGGUUUUCACAGCCAGCAUGGAGAUCUAUGGCUCAGCUGUUGCAGACAAGCUGGAUAACAAUAGGAACAUCCUGAAACGCAGAUACUACAGACAGCACUGUACAUUGGAUCUAGGUAGUUAUAUUAAAGACCUGUCUGUAGUACAUGAUGACCUGUCCAGUAUUGUUAUCCUGGAUAACUCGCCUGGUGCUUAUCGAAGUCAUCCAGACAAUGCAAUACCAAUCAAGUCCUGGUUCAGCGACCCUAGUGACACAGCACUUCUAAACUUGCUGCCUAUGCUGGAUGCACUAAGGUUCACCGCUGACGUUCGAUCCGUCCUCAGUCGAAACCUCCACCAGCACCGACUCUGGUGAUCGGCUACAUGAAGAGACGUGGGGCUAUUUCAGCAACGUCCUUCUCUCUGCCGGCCUCCAUCCUGCCCUCCUUUCCCACUCAGACGACCCACCAGCCCUCUUAGAUGUAUACUGAGGACCAGGGGUGGUGGGGUGUGCGUCUAACCUGGGAUGAACAGCACGGGAUCAUCAGAACCUAAAAACUACUGGGGAGGGAGAGGGAGUCGGCUGUUUUUUGUUUUGUUUUUUUGUGUCCUCCUUAAAUCUUGAUUUUUUUUUUUUUUUCUAAAACAAAAAACAGAGCCUCUCUGCCUUAUAGCUCCUGAUGCUGACUGUAUGAGUACGGAGAGGAGCUUGUGUAUGUGUGCUGGAGCUGGUUAGUCCUUUUUAAACUUUUUUCUGGGAAGACAUGGGGGGCCUAAAGAAGCGGAUCAGCGAAGCAACAAAGACAAUUCGACAUCAUUAUCUCUGCCUCCUCCAUUAUCAUCAUAACUUCAACAUCCACCUCAUCUUACCUUCACGGAGCAAAUCAAGGGGGUAGCAUAGAAAACGAAAUGGGUUUGAUUCAUUUAUAACUGAGGUACUAUUUCCUUCUGCCCAAUGAGAAUGGAUUUAUUAAAAAAAUAAUUUGCUGGAGUUUUCUUUAAAUAAUACAUCCACUGGCCUAUUUUUCUGAACGGGUAUUUUUUCCCUCCCAUUCCGUUGGGAUCUUCACUUUUUGCCCCAAAGCUCCUCAUGGGACUCUGUGACAUGAGACUGAAACAUUGUGAUAAGAGCAGAUGGCUUGUUAAUGAUAUGUGGACUGCAGUAUUGCUUUUCCAUAUCUGAUUGUUUUCAGCCGCCAUUAUAUAUGAUAAGAAUUAAUUCUCCAUAGAAGAUGUUUUGCUUUCUCAUUUAAUGCCAUCCUGAUUUUGCCUAAUAGAAAAUUGCACUUAACCCUCCAAGUUUUUUUUUUUUUGUUUUGUUUUUGUUGCAGGUUUUCUUUUUAUUUUCUGUUUUACAGCCUUCCGUGUUCUGUUUCCACCUUGGGUUGUAUGGGUUCAGCUGUAAGACCCUCUUAUCUUAAAAAUGCCUUCUGAACAAUGUCAGUUUCGUCAAAGCUCACAGCGGCUUCUUAUUGGCUCUGUCUCCAUGUCCAUGUUACUAAUAAAACACUUGUCAGUAUCGAACAGCUACCUACGCAGC